AUGCAGCAACUCCCACCAUGGGCAGAAGACGUCGUACACGACACUGUCGCGGUCACCAACGGUUCUCAGGCUGAGCUCGAGGGCGAGUGCGAAUCCGAGCGGGAAACUGAAUCCCAGUCCGAGCCCGAGCCCGAGCCCGAGUACUCCGACUUUGAACAGCAAGAAGAACCUCUCGAGAUACCUCGUCUGGAUGUUGACUUUGAACUGGUGGACUCUUUGCAUACACAGACGCGCGAGACCAUGUCUCAAUGGCGUGCGUUGUAUUCUCAACGCCGACGAUGCGGGACGAAUAAAGAGCUGUGGUCACUCACUCGUGCGGUCGCCAAGAUUGGACAGUCUAAUCUUACCAAGAAAGAUGUCCCAACACUUCGAGAAAAGGACCCGUCAAGACUCAUACGCGUGCUCGUUACGGAACACGAUCUGCCCACCUUUCUCGAAGACGUCGUAUCGCAAGAUGACUUCUUCAGUGAAUAUCCGGACUUCAUUAUGAGUGUUUUAGACGUUGUCAUUGCCAUAGCCGUUCAGGCCAAGAUAGAUCCUUCGGUCCUCAAACAAUCUCGAGGCCUUGUCGUUGCGCUGUGCGAAAAUGCCUGGAGGAAUCGAGCCCUACUCGCUGAUGACGAAACCAUGGACCGAUACUACCCAUACGGUAGAGAAGGGGCCCGACGUCAGCUCUCCUAUAUGAUGGUCAUACUCAUAAUAUCCCUUACCGCGAAAUCAUAUGGCCAUGAGCGCACUCUACGCAGAGCGAGCUUGGUCUGCUGGUUUUACUCUCCAGAGGCAGAGGAGAAGGCCGACACGCUCAAGUUCUCUGUCGUUCUGCUCGACUAUACCGUCAGAGGUAACUUUGCCACGGAUCGUACACGGACGGAUGGGGAAGCCAAUGCACUGAUGGAGAUGAUGCAUCAAGACGUCCUACCAGUCUUUGGGUCAAAGCCCUAUCUUAUGCGCUUGCGCACAACACUCGAGAAUCCUGACCUCAUCAACAAAAGUCUGAAUUGGGCCGUCUCGAGCAUGACUCGAUCCGUGAUCACCCAUCCAGAAUUCUUGAGCGGGAUUGCCUCUACUGGUCUCAUCAAAGUCGGCAUGGAAAGCGUCAAUCGUCAGGCUCUGAAGGGACUGCCUGGUACACAGAGUGACUCCCUAGUUCAUCUCCUGGGCAUGUAUACGGCUAUCAUGAAGAUUGCUUUUGGCUCACCGCACCAAGCUGCCUGUACCGCGCUCAUACGAGAGGGGUCUCCGGUCGAAAUCGUAUCUCGCGCACUCCGCGUUUGCGUGGAGGAGAACCAAUCGUCCGGCUUGUCUUAUGAUAUGUGUCUCAAUGCCUUGAGAACGCUCGGGAACUGUGCUUUAUGCACGAACAAUCUCAGCACGAAGAGCACUCUCCGUAAAGCCAUGCGACAGGGAGUUCGCGAGGAAUGGUACCCCACGCUCGUAUUUCUACGCAGGACUGCGGCGCGGGCGUCGGACAGCCAACAUAACCGCGUUGUUAGCGAAUGGAAGAGGCUGGGGGAAGAUCUCGAGUUCGACGAGGGAGUCCAGAAGGCUUUAUAUGAGCGUGAACUCCGCAAAGCCCAGCGGCAUUGUACGCGAAUAGCAUGUCGCUAUCACCAGGAACUCUGUCCCGUGCGCGUGCGUGCUUGUAAAGGAUGCUAUGAAGUGAGAUACUGCAGCUCCCCUUGCCAACGUCAGGAUUGGAAGGAGGGACACAAGUCGCGAUGCAAGCGCUUGAACGAGCCGACGAGUCCGGAGGGUGACGACGAGACCGAUGAUUGA